GGUCCCAUUGGUUGUAGGUCAACGGUCAAACCUCCCGCAACUUGUCCUUUCUCUAUCUCUCUCCCACUUGCCUUGCAGGCGGAGCUUCUGUUAAAUAAGUACGUAAAAACGAAAACAAAAAAAAUAAACAUAACGGAUAAUUUCUUGCAGUCUUCCAUGGCGGAAGGGCAGGAUUCUUCGUUAAUCCACAUCGAUGAUGCCUUUGAUUCUCUUCCAGAUUCCAUAAUUCUUCUGAUUUUCAACUCCGUUUCCGAUGUCAAAACCUUGAUCCGUUGCAGAGCCGUCUCGAAGCGAUUCAACUCCCUCGUUCCUCAUUCCGAUUCUCUCUUUCUCAAGGUCGAUUGCGUCAUUUCUUCCGAUUCUGAUUCCGAUGAAAACUCGUUCCUCUACGGAUUUUUCAAGUCCGUUGUGAAAUCGUUCUUCGAUUUGAUUUCUCCUAUCCUCGUUCAGUCCGAAUCGCAGAACUCUCCGGCGCAAAUCCUACGGCAGUUUAUCCGGAUCCAGCGUUUGGAGAUCGAGUUUCCGACGGGAGAUCUUAAGGUUGAGAGAAUCGGAGGCGUUAAAUGGAGAGCGGAGUUUGGGAUUACGCUUAGGAGUUGCGUGAUUUUGCUAUUUCGAGGGAUUAGGUAUGAGUCGUAUGAUGAGACGGCUGUGGCGGAUGGUUUCGAUUUCAUCGAAGAACUGAAAUCGAAGGUGUUUUUGACGAUUAGUACUCUGAUUACGGCAUCGGCGAGGCACCACGUGUUGGCGGAGGUGAUCGAGGAGCAUUUGGAGGUGGACAGUCUUGUUUUGCGAGACAGGGAAGGGGAAGGCGUGGUGGAGAUGGACAAGGACGGUUUAGAUGAGUGGAGGAAAUCGAGAGACCGUAGCGGCGAAGACGGCGGCGGAGUAGCGGGGGAGGGAGGGGAAUGGCGACGGACGAGAACGAGGGUUCCGAGCACUACGGUGAGGAUGAGACAUCUGCCGAGGGUGGAGCUCCGGCGAGGGAUGUGGAUGGAGGACGCCACGUUGGUGGUGGUGAGGCCAACCACAAAUGCCAGCAAGGAUAAAACCGAUGACAUGGAGAAAGAGAAUGAUGAGGUGGCAUUGAGGACGUUCGAAGGUGAUGAUGUGUACGGUGAGGCAGUGGGAGCGUUACUGAAGAAGGGCCGGAGGUACCAGUUAGAAAUGAACUCUUUCUAGAUUUUUCUUUUUUCUUUUUUUUUUCUAAAUAUAUAUAAAUACUGUAAAUUAAAACUUUCUGAGCUGGAAAUAUAUUUAUUAUAAUGGACCAA